CCAACGUCUUGGCUCAAUGUGCUUAGCUCAUGGUGCUGGCCGCUGGGUGUUCGCUUUGGAUGGUUGCGGGACUCGCCCCUGGAGUGUGGCGAGAAGCAGUAGGCAGCGCGGCAGCCUGGCGGCAGCGGCGCGUGCGGGCCGCGGAGUCGGCCGAGAACCUCGUGAAGAGACUCAUGGAUGAGAAGAUCCUGUUAGAGCAGCACGUCCUUGGUCUGGAGCUGCAGGUCCGCAGGAGUGAGGAUCCCGAGGUUCAGCGCACGGUGGACGCCAUCGUGCCCUACCUGGAAGAGGAAGUGGCUGCCAGACGCCGCGGUGACACCGCAGUGCACUCGCGGCUCGAGGCGACCAUGCGGAACGUGGCCAAGCACGUGUUCGACGUGCCCAUGGCCCAGCUGGUUGGCCUCAAUUUCAAGCAGUUCAACGGGGUGCAGCGCCUUUCCCGCGGAAGGGCAUGGCGGGACAAAGGAGCUGAUCAUGUGGUGCCUGCGACGCCGACGCCUACGGGGACCUCGCCGCGGUGCGGUUUCACAUGCACCUGUGGCACCACUGUCUUCGCGUACGCAGGGGCGGAGGUGGUGAGCGAGGCCGACGCCAUCACGGCGGCGGGAGCGUGGACGCCCGACCCGACCGCCCAGCCCUUCGUUCCCCUCGAGCAGCUGCUCGAGCAGACCAUGCGCCUCGGAAUGCAGGGGCGGCAGAGGCACCAGCCGUUCGUGAAGCGCCGGCAGCCCUGCCAUGCAGUUGCGGCGGUGGACGCGAAGGCCAGCACUGCCAUAUGGCCCUAGAGGGGGAUGGCUGCCCUGCC